AUGGCUGAUAGUACAAUGUUGCUGCUGCUGAGGCAAGCCGUUGGUGAUUUUCUAUCGGCAUCAUCUUCAGUGGUGGGGGCAGUAUCAUCUCUGAAGGACUUCUUAUCAUCAUCAUCAUCAGUAUCACCGUGGAUAACAAAGAGUGAUUAUAGGCAGAAGGAAUUAGAGAGUUCAUUCUCGUCGGGUUCUUCUUCAUACAACCAUAUUGCUGCUAAUUUAAAUAAUUUAAUACAACAAGAUCAAUCAUCAUUAGAAUCAGUAUUUUCGAUAUUUUCAUCUUCUUCUUCAUCUUCACAUCAACAUGAUAAUUUAAUAACUACAACAACUUCUAACAUUUUCAAUUAUUUUCCAACUUCAAAACAGGAUUUAUCAAUACCUUUCAAUAUAACAGAUGAUAAGGAAGCAUCGGAGAGUAUGCAAACAGUUGAUUCAGUGCUGGAAUAUGUGGGAGUUAGUAUUUGUACACUCACCUUGCUCUUUUACCUGAUUACUCUAAUUGUACUGAUAAGAAAUAGAAAGAAUUAUUUCUUAUCAUUGUGGCCUUCGAGAGUUAUUGCUCUUCUGGGUGCUAUUGUGCAUUCCUUCUUUGGUAUUCUAGUAUUACUGUUUCAACAACCUUGGUGGACUGAAAUUAAGAAUCCAAAUACCAGUUAUGACUCUUCCAGUAUUUCUAAUAACAUUGCAUGUAGAAUAAUACAACCUUUCGAAUUUUUCGGAUUUGUACUUGCUACAUGUUCAGUGCUAUUCAUCCUUAGUCAUACACUCACUCCUAGUAAGAAAACUGAUACUCACUUUACAAAAACAGUACCUAAAAGCAAGGUUUCAAUAGCUGCUGCUACCACAACAACUGCAGCAGAAGAUGAAGAGUUAAAAGAUAAGAAACCAAAACUUGCUAGGUCUACCUCUGUGGUGGAUGUUGUCGUUGAUGAGGAAUCUAAACUUGACUUGCCUGAGAAUAAUCACUUGACUGGUGUUACAAUAGAUGAUGGGUCUGUAAAACCCCUACUUAGAUCUAGCUCUGCGAGUAAAAAUAUUGUAGAAAGGCCACCAUCUACCUCUGAUAGAAAUCAUUCUAGAAGAAAAUCCGAAUCACACUCUCACAAAUCUCCUCGAAGUGAUUCAAGCAGUAAUAAGGAGGAACCAAUCCAAAUAUCACCAAGAUCUAGAGACCAUGGGCAAAGCUUUAUCAAGAAUAAUGCACCGUCCGUCCAAGAAUUCCAAAGAACCCAUCUUACCAUCAAUGUCAGAAAGGAAAACACCAACAUUUUCAUACGUACACUCAUUCUAACUUCAUUCUUUACUAUUCUUCAAAUAGCUUCAAUUAUUGUUGAUGUAGUGUUAAGCUAUAAUAUUCAACAUCACAAAUUAGAGUUUAUUUAUAGUCACUUGACACGAUAUGGAGGUUAUUGUGCAUUUCCAUUGAGUUCUCUCCUUAUUUACAUUUCCUUCUAUUUUUCAUUUUUCAUUACCUUUAACUUUUACAGUGUCAAGCUCUAUAGAAAGUUAAUUAACAAGAGGUUAAAGAGGAAAGUUCUGGCAUGUCAAAUCAUCAUUACAUGCUUUUUCACAGUUUUUGGAAUAUUCGGGAAAAGUGGUGAGGUUCUCUUUACUAUCAUUCAAUCCAUUAAUGUAGAGCCAACCUCAUUACUUUAUGAUGUUCUGGUUCGCUUUUUCAACGUUGUGAAUUUUAUUUGUUGCGAUGUAUUAGUUUGCUUUUUAAUUAUUGUUUACUUUGUGUUUAUCCCAUUGUUGGAGACUUUGGAAACUGAGAAAUUUUACAAGACAAGAGAUUCUGUCUCUGCUCCAAGAUCACCCAAUAAUAUUGCCAUUGUUUCUUCACCUACCAAAUUGCUCAUUCGUCAUCACAAUGUAGUUCCAGAAAAUAGAGUGUAA